AGCUGGACCUAAAACUAUACUAUCUUGAAAAAAUAAAAUAAAAAACAAGAUAGCAUAAAUAAAUGAAAAAAAAGAAAAUAUCUCAUUAGAGCCAAAGUUGCAUCAGACUUGCAAACUUCUUCAGGGAUCUUCUUCAGGGAUCUCGAAGCAUUCUUCUUAAUCCCAAAGAGAAAGAAACCCAAAAAACAAGUUACAAAAAUGGAGAAAAAGAAUAUGUUCGUGCUGUGUAUGAUCUUGUUAUUGGUGGGCUCGUCGUUGAUGUUUGAGAGAGUUGAUUGCAGAGUAGUACGAUCGGAGCCGUUCAGAGUUAUCAACGGCCAUGAUCAAUCGACGGCGACCAAGGUGAAGAGAAGCUCGUGCAGUCGACGUCCUUUGAUGAGGAUCUUAGCGUCAGGACCGGGCAGAAGAGGACGUGGUCACUGAUCAACAACUACCACUUCUCCCGACGUGUGUGUUUUGUCUUUUGUUUUUUUUGGAUUAUUUAAAUAUGUGAAUCGAAUG